AUGGCUCCUGAGACAAUCCAUCUGCCUCUGUCUCUCUCGCUGCUGCUGCUCCUGCUCUCUUUGCUACUGCCGCCAGCGGGGUGUGAUUUCUAUGGAAGGGAGACCAGGAUCCAAAGAUUCUGGCGGUUUCAUGUGGACAAUCCAAAGAGCUUCAUACCUGGGGGGAAUAGAAAGUAUUGCACGGUCAUGAUUCGGAGGCGUCAGAUCUCAGAGAGGGGCAAAUGCAAGCGGGAGAACACUUUCAUCCAUGCUAUGGCAGGAGCCAUUCUGGAUGUGUGCAAAGCCCAGAGUGUGAAGGCCUGCAAAGUAGGGAGAAAAAAUUGCCAUACAAGUGACCAUUGCUUCAAACAGACCCUAUGUGUCCUCCAAGGGUUUGGUUAUUACCCCAACUGCGCAUAUGUGAGCUUCCCCAAGUACAAGAAGAUCAGCUUAGCCUGUACAGGCUUACCCCGGGUUCCUGUGUAUGUUGAUCCAUAA